AUAACAUCAAGAUGCCAAAGACUGAGGAAACUGUGCACCAGAAUGAUCCUAAUGAAACAGAGAGUGGACCCCAUAAGCCUAAAACAUCAGGGCAGAACCAAGAAAACAAAAGCUUCUGUUUAAAUGACCACUCUCCUCACCUGAAGUCCUUUCUGUCACAGAUCUGAUAGAAACAGCUAACGAAGUUUCCAAGCUGAGCAUUGCUCAUGAAAUCGUGGUAAACCAGGAUUUCUGUAUGGAAGAGAGUAUUUUACCUCCAAACAGUCUGGAAGGCAGAUUCGUGGAGACAAUGUACAAUGCUUUUUGGGACCAUCUAAAGGAACAACUAUUGAGUACUCCUCCCAACUUCACUUGUGCUCUUGAACUUCUAAGAGAAGUUAAGGAGAACCGCCUAAAAAAUGAGAUUGAAGAAGCUCUGGACAUGGAUCUCCUCAAGCAAGAAGCAGAACAUGGGGCCCUGGAUGUCCCUCAUCUCUCUAACUACAUUCUUAAUUUGAUGACCCUGCUAUGUGCCCCAGUUCGAGAUGAAGCAGUGAAGAAACUAGAGAGCAUAAAAGAUCCAGUGCAAUUACUGAGGGGCAUCUUCCAUGUUCUGGGCCUAAUGAAAAUGGACAUGGUGAACUAUACCAUCCAGAGCCUUCGACCCUACCUGCAGGAACAUUCCACUCAGUAUGAAAGAGCUAAAUUCCAGGAACUCCUUGACAAGCAGCCCAAUCUCCUCGAUCACACCACAAAAUGGUUAACAAAAGCAGCUGAAGAUCUCAUUACACCAUAUCUGAGUUCUCCUGACUUGCUAAGCUCCUCCUCCAGCAUGGCCUGUUCCUUUCCAAAUGGGGAAGCUAACGACUCAGAUCUCCCCAGUCCCACAAUGGUGCUAUACCAGGGCUACCUGAAUCUCCUCCUCUGGGACCCUGAAAAUGAAGAAUUCCCUGAGACUCUGCUGAUGGACCGAAUACGGCUCCAGGAAAUGGGGUCCCAUUUGCACCAGUUGACCAUCCUGGCCUCAGUCUUGGUAGUGGCUAGAAGUUUCUCUGGUAAGGUUUUAUUCAGCUCACCUGAAUUUGUGGAUAAACUGAAAUGCAUAACCAAGGCCCUGACUGAGGAAUUUAACUCCAGGCCUGAAGACGCUAUGCUGAGUGUGAGUGAACAGGUGUCUCAGGAAAUCCAUCAUGGCCUCAAGGACAUGGGCCUCACUGCUCUAAGCAGUGAAAACACAACAUCUCUUAUGGGCCAACUCCAGAACAUCACCAAGAAAGAGAACUGUGUUCGUAGCAUCAUUGAUCAGCAGAUCCGUUUGUUUCUCAAGUGCUGUUUGGUUCGUGGCAUGCAGCACUCUCUGCUACACUUCCCUGGAAGCCUUAUUCUCAUCGAAGGAGAGUUGGUAGAAUUGGGCUGGAAGUUUUUCAAUCUGAUGCGUCACAAUCAGCAGGUAUUUAGCCCAUACUAUGCUGAGAUCCUAAAAAAUAUCAUUCCUCCAGCUCAAGCACGAGAAACAGAAGUCAAGCCUAGCUGGUAGUGCUGGACCCCUGCCAUGGCAACAGUGACCUAGGAGAGAGGGCUCAGCAUGUUCCUGGGAUGAGAUCACCUGUGGCCAGCAGAGCGGCCAGCCGUCUUCCUCCCUACAGCCAGGAUACAGGGUUGCAGGGGUCAAGCAUGUAAACACCAACUGGCCCAACCCCCUUCAUUAAUAAACUUCUAAGCUGCAAG